UAACGUCAUGCUCAGAUGGAUUCAGUUACUUUGAAGGAAGCAACACGUCAACUCAUGUGGCCGCAUUUAGCACUCAUCUUUUGCCUGGCUGUCGCCAGCAGCAAUGCCUACAAUGUACCAAACGCGACUGUAAAAGUGAACACGCCUCGAGGAUUUGAGGUUUCGAUCCCGGAUGAACCAGGCAUCUCUCUGUUCGCUUUUCACGGCAAGCUCAAUGAGGAAAUGGAUGAUCUUAGCGAUCAAACUUGGGCCACAGACAUUGUUAGCUCUCGGAACGGACGGUGGACAUAUCGCAAUCGGCUACAGAAGCUGCAGCCAGGUGAUGUACUCUAUUAUUGGAUAACUGUCAGAUACAAUGGUCUAGACUACCACAACUACAAUCUGGAAUACAAAGUGUGUGAAGAAACAAAAGGUCAACGAAGCACAGAAACAUCUGACGGGGGCGAUGCUAAUCAAGGUAAUGCACGACGAACAGAAAGUGGAGUAGGAAAUGUCGGUAAAAAAGAUCAAGCAGCCAGUAAGCGAAUCGAAGUGGGAAAAGCUGAUAAUGACGAUAGCCAACGCAUUAAUGUGGAACACGCUGACCAUGAAAAUAGUCAUCGCAUUAAUCUAUAUAAAUUCACAUGAACUUUGCCUGAAGUCUGUUAAUAAUAAGUCACGUUAAAGCAAAUCAAAUCUUAUGGAAAUCCAACAUUUCUAAAUGGCUCUCAAUGUAAAUUAUUAUUAAAACGCAAACAAUGAUUACAGAUAUUUACUGUAGAUUUCGUAGAAUUCAUUAAAGCUACACGCUAAGACAAUGCAGGGCAUUGAAUUCUAGCCAAUGUGCAAAAUACAAAUUCAAUGAAAAAGUAUAAUAGACUUUCAACAAAAACGAUUUGAUUAUAAAACUUGGAAAUUCGGACGGAGUUUAUUUUUGCUAAGUACCCCAUAAGAAAUUUAUUUACAUAUUGAUUGUUAAUUCAUUCAUUUGUACAUCUUUUAAGCAUAAGACAAUCCAAUCAAUCAAUAAAUUAAUCUUUGCAUUUAUCCAAGCUAUUAGUAUUGUACAAAUAAAUGUUGUUAUUCAAAUAUAUGAAUUCCCUACAAAAGAAAUAUUUACCUACGAAACUGUCAGAAAAUUAUGUCAUCAAGUUGUUGCACACAGCUGAAGCAUUAAUGGCGUCACUUUAAAUUUUAUAUUUUUCUGCUGAAAACCGAAAAAUAAGUAUUUUCUAUAAUUAAAAAGAUUGCUUUAGAAUUAAAAAUUAUCAUUACCAAGUCAGUUUAAUUUAAAUAUCUUUAAAAAGAUUGAACAAAAUUAGAAAUUUUAAAAAUUUGCACGAAGCAAAUUCAAGUAUUCGUACAUCAGUUGCUCAUCUCUUUCCAAUUUCGUAUAAUAAAGAUUUACUCAAAUCGUUAAAUUUCAAUAUUUUUGUUCAUCUUAAGUCGCGUUCGCCAAUUCGGUUUCAUCAUUUGCUUCAACAUCAUUUAAUUCCGGACCCGAUUCUUCGUCAUCUGCAAUAAGAUUUUCAAUGUAUUCCUCAAAUUCUGGGUAUCACUCAUAACCAAGAAAAAAAAUUACCAUUGACUUCAGAAUCGUUCGCAGUAUCAUCAUACACAACAUCAUUUCUAUCAUUAUUUGUUAAAUACUCUUCAGGUUCUUCGCUUUGUUUUGGAAUUUCAUCAAGUUCUAGAGCAGGAGCAAGUUGAUGAUUUACAGUUUUCUCGGGAUUAAUUAAUUUAAGAAUGUCAGGAAAUAAAUUUAGAAUCGAAAAUUUGCCAUCGAAUCUUGGGAGUUGUCCUAGCGUGUCCACAGGAAGAUUGUUUUCAAAAAACACAAUUUGAUUAUUUGGAAUUUUUCCACGUCCUGGUUGAAGAAUUUUUGGGAAAAGGUCUAAAAUCGAGUAGAUUUGUUCAGCCGUGUUUUGAACUUGUUGUCUUUCCAAGGGAAGAUCAUUUUCAAAAAGGAUAAAUUCAUCAUUUUCAGGUUUUGUAAAAAUGUCAGGAAAAUCGUUUUGAGUCGAAAAUACUUUAGUCUUAGGUCGAGGUUGUUCGACGCUAGAAUCUAAAUUAUUUUGU